CUAAACUUUGUUUAUGGGACAGUCUGGGAGUAGCCUCGGCCUCUCCUCCUCCUCCUCCUCCUUCUCCUCUCCCUGGAUCAUGCAGGCCGGGGAGGCCUCCAGCUCGGAAGCCCCCGGACUACCUUGGGUCGCCCACCGGGGCCGGAGCCGAGCCUGAAGGCCGGGAUCGGCCGGUCCUCGCCCGCGGCCGGCCACCACUAGCCCGGGCCUCCGGUCCGGUGUCCGGCCCGUGCCCGCCCGGCCGGAGAUCGCCGCGACCCCCCUUCUCGUCUCCGGGGCUGGGGGACCCCGGCGUCCCCGACUCUCCGAGGAGGGGGGGAAAAAGGCCCGGGGGGUCAGCUUAAUCCGGGGGUGCCCUUUCAUCCGGGACCGGCCGGCCAGUCCUUCCCCCACCGGCCGAGUUGCAGGGGCAGCAGAGGGGUGGGAUCUCCGCUCCUCCCUCCACUUUUUGCAGAGGGGGGACGUUUUUUAUUUUUCCUUCUCCCCCGGGGGGGUGGAAGGAGGGAGUGUGGUCCCCCAGGAAGAUGAAUUCGGCCCCACCGCCCCCGGGUCAGCAAGUGAUCCAUGUGACCCAGGACCUGGACACGGACCUGGAGGCCCUCUUCAACUCGGUGAUGAACCCCCAGCCCAGCUCCUGGAGGCAGAAGAUCCUGCCCGAGUCCUUCUUCAAGGAGCCGGACUCGGGCUGGCACUCGAGGCAGUCGAGCACGGACUCGUCGGGAGGUCACCCCCCGCGGCCGGCCGCGGCCGCCCAGCAUGUCCGUUCGCACUCGUCGCCCGCCUCCCUGCAGCUGGGCCCCGGGGCCGGGCCCGCCUCCAGCCCCGCAAGGCAGCACGCCCACCUCCGACAGCACUCCUACGAUGUCACCGACGAGCUGCCGCUGCCCCCCGGCUGGGAGAUGACCUUCACGGCCACCGGGCAGCGGUACUUCCUCAACCACAUAGAGAAGAUUACGACAUGGCAAGACCCUCGGAAGACGAUGAAUCAGCCCCUGAAUCAUCUGAGCCUCCAUCCUGCAACAACUUCGACGCCGAUGCCUCAGAGAUCAAUGACCAUUUCCCAACCCAAUCUCGCUAUGCAGCAGCAGCAGCAGAUGGCUUCGGGCACUGCCAUGUCUCAGCAGCCCCACCCUAACCCGAACCCCCAGGCCGGACUCCUGAAUCUUCCCAACGCUCUGACCACCCAGCAGCAGCAGCAGCAGAAGCUGAGGCUUCAGAGGAUCCAGAUGGAGAGGGAGAGAAUCCGAAUGCGCCAGGAGGAACUCAUGAGACAGGAAGCCGCACUAUGUAGACAACUUCCCAUGGAGUCGGAGACCAUGGCCCCGGUUCAAGCUGCCGUGAACACCCCCGCCAUGACCCAAGACAUGAGAUCGAUUACAAAUAGCGGCUCGGAUCCUUUUCUCAAUGGCGGGCCGUACCAUUCCAGAGAGCAGAGCACAGACAGUGGACUAGGGUUAGGAUGCUACAGCAUACCGACAACUCCUGAAGAUUUCCUCAGCAACGUAGAUGAGAUGGACACAGGAGAAAACGUGGGGCAGACCCCUAUGAACCUUAAUCCCCAACAGAGCCGCUUCCCCGACUUCCUCGACUGCCUGCCGGGAACGAACGUCGACCUCGGGACUUUGGAGUCGGAUGACCUGAUCCCGAUCUUCAACGACGUGGAGUCUGUCCUGAACAAAAGCGAGCCCUUCCUGACCUGGCUGUAACCUGCUCCCCAGACCCCCGUUCAGCCCGGAAACCCAACAGUUCCCGCUCCUCCCGCAAAGAGAGGCAGAUCAUCCCAAAGUCCUCUGUUAGCCAGUGAGCUGCCUUGAUGACUUUUGCUCUGUCACCUCCAUGGGGUCAAUUUAAUCAUUGCCUGGAUUUGAUUGACAGUAACUUAAGUAUAAAAUAUAUGACUAUAAAUGUAUAUGUUCCUUUUAUUUUUAGCCACAUCUGCAGCUCUACGUCCCAUAUUUCUGGGAGGGAUCAUAAAGUACUCCAACUCUCCCACCCCCAUCUCUCCUCUCUCCCUUCUUCCUUCCCUCCCUGAUCUCUCUUUGUCUCUCUCUCUCUCUCUCUCUCUCUCUCUCUCUCUCUCUCUCUCUGUCAUCCAUGAUUAAAGUCAUGGGUCUUAGUUUAAAUUACAAACUCCAAUGCCCCAGAAAAGCAGGCCAUAUACAAGCUAGCAACUUGGUCCAGGAUACCUGUACCAAGUUAGACCAAAAUGCAGUUCAGUAACUAUAUUUAUGACAAUAGUACCAAAUGCUUUUUUUUAAAAAUCUAUUUAACUUGAGCUUUAAAAAUCAUUGUAUUGUUAGUGAAAUUGUGCUGUAUGGAAUACAGAGUAGUUUUGAAUCCAUGCUAGCUGUUAUAAUUAUUAUUCUAUUUGCUGAGGCACAAGCAGUACUAUUGUAGUUAUCUUUCAGUAUAUUACUGUAUAGCUUCCAGAUAAUAAGUACUUCCAAUUUGAAAGUAGCGGGAUGUUUAGUAACAGUUUUACACAACAAAUACUGUAAAAAUAGACCAGAUUGGUACUACUUAAAACACACACACACACAAUGUGAUAAAAAACAUGAAAUGUUUUUUUUUUAAAUGCAACUAAGAUUUUGAUGUCUAUUUUAUUAAGCACUAUAAUUUUUUUAAACUAAAUACAUGAACCAGAAUGUUUUCGAUAAAUCACGGGCAACUGAAUCUUUCGACUUUUUGAAACUCUACCCGAAAUCAGGACAGAGUAGUGUAGCUCAGCUCACGGCUUGACAGUCCGAUACGCAGUCGCUUCCUUUCGUUUUUGUUUCAUUGUUUUUAAGAGCCUCGCAGGUCUCGUUUUCAGCAAUGGGGUGUUUAAACCGACAGGAUCAUCGAGACCGUAGGCGUGAAGCCGAUGACUGGGCGGCCCUGAGGCAGACCCCCGCUUGGCCUGGUGACGGCCGGUUUGCUCAGUAGCGUCGACCCCCGUUUGCCAAACUGGCGAACGCGGGUCCUCGCCAAAGUCGGUGCAGAUGGCGUGACGCAUAUGUACUCGAUACCUCUCCUAUAACCAAGAAAAACUUCUUUAUCACUUGUUUAGGACUGAGAGAGCAUCAAGGUCCUCUUGCAGUCAGUCAGUCCUGUGAAAUGCCAAUGAAGUCCUGAAACGUGUAGAAUUUUCAACUGACGUCAUUUACAGCUCGGAGCGUAAGCUUCGAUAAUGGAACUCACGCAUCGCUUUGCCGAGAGGCCUUAUUAAUUAAUCCAAGUCUCUGCGUAGGAACCUAUUGAUUCCCAGCAGCGAGAGACUGACCGCGUACUACAAAGUCGACUUGUUGGUGGGAAGGUCGGGGCUCUGUCUGAUGUCUCGGGCUCCAGAGGCAGUGCCCGUCAUCUUUUAUCGCAUUGGAAGGAGGCAAGUGCAAGGGGUCAGAGUUCAGGUGUGAGGGCGGAGAUUGGAAAGGGGAAUUUGGAGAGGUGGCUAUUGCUAGGCAAGUUGGAGUGCCCCAGAGAUGCGGUCGGAGGCCGGUGCCCGGGGCGCAAGGAGAAGGACUCACCAAAGUUUCACCGAUCGGUUCUUGACCACAACCUCUAAACCCAAAGGCUCUCUCUCGUGUAAGAAAAAAUGACUUUGGUGCACUUUAUAUUGGGGCUGGCUUCUGCCCCUUCUAUGCCAAUUUUAGGCACAGAGGGGAGAACGACGAACCGACCGUUGUUCUGAAACGAUGAAGUGAUUUUUCUCAAGAAAUAAUGGUUUCUCUUCUCUCUCGUGCUCUCUCCCAGGGAGCCGGGGAGUCAGGGAGGGAUGCGUGGAAGUACUUGGGUCAUCAGAAAACUAGUGGGUGUGUUUUUUCUUUCUUAGACCUUUGUGAGAAAUAAUUACCAAAAGAGGGGAACAGUCUUUCUGAACAAACAAGGGACCUAGCCAGUCUGAGCAGUGUUACUGUAUUUUUAUGGAUUUACUGUUGUGUGUUUGUUUUUCUUAAGAAUUUGUUUUCAGGUUAUCAACCUAAAUGCGAUACAGCUAGGCCUCGCCGGUUCUGCUCCCCGGGUCCGCAACGGUUGGGGUACUGGGGAUGACAGAAUCCCGUUUCAGAUGUGAGGCGUCUAGAAUGUUGUAGGUGGCAUUACGAAGUAUUAGGUGAAACUUAUAGUGAAUUUAGUUGGAGCAUUUCUAAGUAAGAAAACUAGAGUUUUUUUUUUUCUAGAAUACAUUGUGGAUCUAAACUGCAUGUUUACCACUUAAAGUGAAGCCGGGAAUAGUUUUGUUCUAAAGGUAGAGAAGGUAUUGUCAACGAAUGCUAAAGCUAGAGACUCUAAAGAGAUGACAGCGUGUUUCAGGUUGUGUCACUGUUGCCAAAACCCAGCCACUUGGAAUGGCUAUUAUAGAUUGUGGGACAGGGUGUUAGAUGGACAUUUUAAGGCCAUAAGUCCGUGAGGGCAAGGAUGAGAACAGGUGUCCACACCACUGUCUUUGAUGUAGGGUAGGGCAAAUGCUUCUUGGAGCGAAACAGGAGAGGGAACUCAUUCCCGAAGCCCUCCUUUCCAAAAGCUGCCAACUUGAAAGAUCUUGGGGGUGGAGUAACAGUUGCGCAAAACCUGCAUAUUGAUAAUUCCGUUGGUGUUAAGUCACGCUGGGGCAGUGUUUCCUUGGGAAAUUUAAGGAUGUGCAUACACCUCUUCAUUGGUCAGAUUGUAAAUGUGCCGUUGUAUGGAGGGUGACGGGGAGCGAGAGCUGUUGGAGGUUCAGCUAGUACUGGGGUAACACCGUGAGAAUGACACUUUUGGGGGUCAAAACGAAUGCUCUUUAUUUUUAAGUGUACAUUCAUUUUAAAUGGGAAAAUGGGUGAUCACCAGACCUUUUCCUAACACAUUACAACCAUAUAUGUGCUAGUACUUUAACUUUUUUUAUUUACUUCUCCGUUUUGUUAUGUUACAUGACAUAUGUGUGAGUGUUUUUAAUUUAGAAUUUGAUGCAUAUGGACAGUAUGCAUUAAAAUCAAUCAGAUCAAACUAGCAUACGUAGAGUUUGUACUGGUUUUUAUUUCUCUGAUCUUGUACAAGAAAAAUAAAUAUAAUUGAAUUUCA